AUGGCGAGCGCGGCGGCGUCCAAGAAGGCGGCGAACCGACUGGUGGUGGAGGAGGCCGCCACCAACGACGACAACUCCGUGUGCACCCUCCACCCCGCCACCAUGGACAAGCUCUCCAUAUUCAAGGGCGACAUCGUGCUGCUCAAGGGCAAGCGCCGCCACAGUACGGUCUGCAUGGCACUGCCUGACGACACCUGCGAGGGCCACAAGAUGAGGAUCAACAAGGUAGCCCGGUCCAACCUGCGCGUGCGCAUAUCCGAUGUCGUGUCGGUGCACCAGUGCCACGACGUCAAGUACGGCAAGCGCGUGCACAUCCUCCCGUUGGACGACACCAUCGAGGGCAUCGGGGGGAACCUCUUCGACGCCUACCUCAAACCCUACUUCGUGGACGCCUACCGCCCGGUCCACAAGGGCGACCUCUUCCUCGUGCGUGGUGGCAUGCGGAGCGUGGAGUUCAAGGUCAUCGAGAUGGACCCUGCGGUGGAGUACUGCAUCAUGGCGCCCGACACGGAGAUAUUCUGCGAGGGCGAGCCGGUCAAGAGGGAGGAUGAGGAGAGGCUCGACGACGUCGGCUACGACGACGUGGGUGGCAUGGGGAAACCGCUGACUCUCAUCAGGGAGCUCGUCGAGCUGCCACUCAGGCAUCCGCAGAUCUUCAAGAGCAUUGGCGUCAAGCCUCCCAAAGGCAUCCUCCUCUACGGCCCUCCCGGGUCCGGCAAGACGUUGAUCGCCCGUGCGGUGGCGAACGAGACCGGGGCCUUCUUCUUCCUUAUCAACGGCCCGGAGAUAAUGUCCAAGAUGGCUGGAGAGAGCGAGAGCAACCUGAGGAAGGCCUUCGAGGAGGCCGAGAAGAACGCGCCCUCCAUCAUCUUCAUCGACGAGAUCGACUCCAUU